AUGGCAACCAUGGCAUCCGCUACCGCUGUUCGCGAUAUCCCAAAGACCUCCACCGGCGGCCGAGACAACUUCACUGCUGUAGCGGCCGCCCAGAGCGUCCCUGUGACACGACAUCCCCUCCCGACUCCCCCCAACUCCAUGUCACCUGCGCUGCCUGCCCACGGCCUCAAGGCCCGCCUGCAGAAGGCUAGGAUCGACCCUGUCGACUCGGACCUGGACCUCCACGAGGCCGUCGAAUCCAACCCGGGCGCGUCGCCUGCCUUCGAGGCUGCCGGAGACAUCACACCCGCUCUCCUCGCCAAGUUCCACCUCCCCGAGAUCCUCCUGAACCACGGCCCUUUGGCCAUCCGUCACAUAACGGGCUACCUGACCACAUCAGUCCCCGGCUUUGCUGGCAUAGCUCCACCAAAGGCCAGGAGACUAGUAGUUGCGGCCCUCGAAGGACGUGGACAGGGACACGGCAUCGACGGCGCAGGAGUGAACGGUGACGUUGAAUUCGAGAAGGUUGGAUGGGGCCGAUGGGAUGGCAAGCGAAGGGGCCAGCCAGCUGCCACGCAACAGCCAUCUGGCACAGGCAACCCAGGCUCCUGUCCAACCAGCAUCCCGAUCGCAAAAGUUGCGGCAUGGAAUGCCGGUCGACCCCGACUGAAUGCUCGCGCCGUUAGUGACGGCAACUCAGCAGCCUUCUCUCAUGACGACCAAGAUAUCACCAUGCUGGAGAAUGAGGCGGAUAAGAUGUCCCUCGAUUCCAUGGAUGGGCCUGCUUCAGCAUCCUGCUCUGAGGUGUUCGACGAAGACAUGAUGGAUGACGACCCUGACGACGCGACCGACGACGAGGACUGGGCUGCCGUCGGAGCUGCUGCUCUACGGGCGGGCUCGUACUCCAGUCCAGCAGAGGCGGCUCGCCAAGCUCCCAACUUUCUUUCAUCCGGUGUAUAUAACCCUGGCGGCUACCGAUCUUUCUCCACGAGCUCCGGAAUGCUUCGGCAGCCUCGACUCGACAACAUCGAUAUGGAUGCGUUGGCCGCCUCCCCUAAUAUCCAAGAGCGCGAGGCUAUCCAGGCUCUCCUGCAGCUUGGUUCUGUAUAA